UUAUACCUUUGUCAUAUAGAGAGAGCUGAUGAAAUGUCAAAGAGGAGGAUAUUCCGCCGUAUUUCAGCCUGGUUCUCAACUAGUGUUGACAAGCGAUACAAAGAUCAUUGGGUUGAAAAUGGUGGAACUAUAGUGAAUACUGCAUCCAAGGCACAGUUCAUAUUCAGCUCGGACCCUGAGGCAAGUGACCUAAAAAGUUUGUACAACUUAGAUGAGUUCGAGGAUGGAUACGUCGCUUUGAAGCCUACUCUUAUUGAUGCUGCCUUGCAGGAAGGUGAUGCACAUGAGGUCAUGCUUAGUUCGUUUAUAUUACAUCCGACAGAAGUUAACAAAGCUAUGAAUGCAAAGAAGAGGAAGAUGAUGCCUCCUGGCCAAGGAAGGCCUGUGGAUGGACUUUCAUUAAGAGCAGAAGAACCGUCAACAUCUGAAAAUAUUGUCUUUAGGAGGGAGCUAACACCCUUAGACAUGGGUAGGAUGAUGGACCUUGUGUAUGUUCCACAUGUAAAAGAUGUUCCUAGAUUUGAUGGCAAUCUUGAAGAUUUGUUUCCUGAAUAUGAUUAAUUUUAAAAUAAGAAGGAUCUCAACCAGACAAUGAAGAAAGCAUUGUAGUGAGCUGAGAUACGCUGCAACAAACACUCUUCCUGCCUAUUAAUACAUACAUUAUUUAUUUAUGAUCUUAUAAAAAAAAAAAGAUAUUUUUUAUUUGAGUGUUAUAGUAAGAAGACAUUUUUAUAUGCAGAAUUGUAUUGUUUUAUAGUUUCUGCAAUUAUUGUAAAAAGAAAAUUGUUUUGAGAGUUAUUGUUUAUUCUGAAAAUGAAUGAUUUAAAAUUUCAAGUAUCUAAACAGGACCAUGAGCAAGUAAUAUAGUAAGCUGAAAUACAUUGCAUGGUUGAACAAAAUAAUAUCAUGGUACUAAAGUUGGCUACCUAUUCUGCCUAUUAAUUGUUUAUGAUCUUAUCCAGAAAAAGGAUAUCUUUAUUCAAGUGUUACAAAAAGAAAACAUUUUUAUAUCCAGAAUUGUAUUGUUUUAUAGUUUGUGCAAUCACUGUAUUGCAAAAUUUUGCCUUGAGAAUUGUUUAUACUUUAAAUAAAAACAUUUACUGUACUGUAUUUGUUUUAAUUGUGUACUAUUUGUAUUUAAGUAUUUGUAUUAAAUGUAUUUGAUAAGUCCAAUUUUACGUAUUUCAGGAUAUAAUCAUUUUAUAACUGUUGAAUUAUUUUUUAAGUAUAACAACACGAAUUCUCCACCAAAAACGUUUUUUUAUGAUGUACAUGUAACAGGCUCAGAUGAAAUCUUGUUCGUUGAGCAUGUUCCUCCAGUUUUCAUACAGGUUUCUGAAUUAUUAUUGGAAAUCUUAGGUAAACUAUUUUUUUCUAUUUCAGAUGGGUCAGUGGAUUUUAAUAUUUAUAUAAACAAGUUACAGAAAGUACCCAUUGUGACAACAUAAUUUAUCAAGACAUAAGCCUUUUUAUUUAUUUAUUUAAAAAAAUGUUUAUCCUCGGUAAAUGGAUCAGUAAAAGCAUGACAUAUUUCAAAUUUCACUUCCCCUCCUCCCCGGAAACACAUAGUAAUGAAUAGAAACAAUAAACAAUUCAAUAGAGGAAAACAUAAGCCUAAAUGACAAAGCUCAAGUAGUCAAUACAAUUUAAACAUUAAUCAUAAGUGUAAGUACAGUAUAAAGAUUCUAAAUAUUCAGUUGUUAAAGCUAUCAAUAAUUUAAGUGCAAGUAGCCAGCUUAAGAUUAAUAGUGUACACUAGAUUACCAACUCCCUCGGGCAGAGUUGGCAUCCUCGGAACUGAAGUCCGCUUUCUAAUCACUCUUUAGUUGCAGCUUGUGUUUCAAUAAAUUAUUUUAGUUAAAAAAUGAUACUACUGUACCCGCAGCUUAUUUACUUCAUAAUUAGUUUUUCUGCCUUUCCGGAACAUUCUAAGGAUAUAAUUCCUUCCAUUUUCCUGAUAAUGUGAACUUUGAUCUGGGAAUAAAUUAUUUUGUACAGAGCUGUAUGUUCAGCUGCCAAGAACAAGAACUAAAAUUUUCAUUAUGUGUUUUUCUUUUCCUUUUUUAGUGGCUAGAAACUGCGCUGUAUAUAGUUGGUAAAUAGAGGUAGGCCUACUGUAGGACAUUUGUUUACAUAAUAUUUGUUAACAUCGUUUUCUUCCUCUUGCGCACCUCAAUAUUUUUAUUUAUUAUUCUCCUUUAUCUAAGCGUAUGGCCAAUUUAUUUUCUACUUUUAUUACAUCUAUUAAUAGCAUCCCCGUAACUGUUGCUCUCUGCUGCAUGUCCAAAUUUCAAAUCAAUCUCUCCAAUAAAGGUUCCUCUAAUUUUAAUCUAACAUUUAUAAACGUUGAAGUUAUAAAAUUAAUUCGUCAAAUAUAUCUUCCAAUAUAUA